CUGACCAUUGCGGUAGUUUCAUUUGUCACUCGUUGUUGCCGCAAUGAAUGCGGUCGGUGUUUUAAUUUGUAAGUUUUGUUUGUUUGAAUUUUUUAUUAUUUUAUUAAACGUUAGUGAGAUGAGAAUUGAAUGAAGGAGACUGCCUGUAUGAAGAUAAUGAGGAAAACCGCUGCGGAAGAUCGUAUUAUUCAUCGUCUCCCUCAGGCACUCUUUCCGUCCGCUACACCUUACAAAAAUUUCGAUUUCGACGAUGAAGUGAAAGAUGCGUGUUUAUCUGAAAGAUCGGUCCGAUUGGGACUCAAGAUUUCAAAGGCAAUCUUUGUUGGAGACGUUGGAGUUGGAAAGACUUGCCUCGUCAACCAGUAAGUUAUUUAGAAUAUGUAUAUAGAAAUUUAAAUGUACAUAUAGAUUUUAAAUAUCUCGUGCUCGUCGUGGAAUCAAUGGGGUAAGGCAACACAACACGAGGGUAACGUGCCUCUUUGUUGUGAGAAACUGGCUUAUAUUUACGUGUUAGACAUAAGGAAAAAAACCCAAAAAAUUUUUGACCAGCAUGUUAGUCAGGUGUGAAUUCAUGACCAACUACUGC